AUGGGUUUAUUUGGCAAGUCUUCUCUACCGGGCCAUCCAGCAGUAGAACAGACAAUUGGUCUGUGGCACUUCCGUCAGUGCGGCGAGGCGAGCUGGAGAAACGCAUCCACUUCCACCAAUGGAAAUCAAGUGCAUCUUGACUUGUUGGAAAAUGGCGAUAUUUCGGACCCAUUUAUAGAUAUGAACGAGAAAUCCGUGCAGUGGGUCGGCGAAAAUGACUGGGAGUACCAGACCACAUUUGACGUCUCUGAUGCAGCUUCUGCAUGUUUGACGCACGAGAUGCAUUUUGACGGGCUUGACACAUUUUGUGCUGCAGCUCUCAAUGGCACCGAGAUUCUUCGUUCGGAUAACAUGUUUCGGGGCUAUGUCGUGGACGUGACGAAGCAUAUCAAGGAAAAGGACAACGAGCUCGUUCUUGUGUUCAAAAGUGCAUUGAAAAAGGGAAGAGAACUUGAAAAAAAGAAUGGAGUCCGGUUUUGCUCUAAUGGUGAAACUUCUCGAGUUCACGUGAGAAAAGCUCAGUACCACUACGGAUGGGACUGGGGACCACUUCUCAUGACGUGUGGACCGUGGAAACCUGUUCGAUUGGUUUCUUUUUCGGCCGGCAAAUUCUUGGACUUUUUCCCUCGGUGCUCAGUGGACUCUGAUUUGAAAGCUACGAUAAAUUUUGAAGUUGAAGUCGAGGUAUCUGGGACCUCUACGGUAUUUGUGGACAUAUUUGCACCCACGGGUGAGAUAAUUGACACUGUUGAGCAAAAAAUUAAAAAGUCCGGUGUUGCAAAUUUUAAAUACAAAUUGAAAAAUCCAAAGCUUUGGUACCCAAAGGGGUAUGGGGAACAAUCACGGUAUCGAUUUUCUGCUCGGUUGGUUGAUGGAAAUAACUUUUUGCUCGACACCAAAGACAAAUUAAUUGGUUUGAGAAGAGCAGAGUUGGUCCAGGAAAAAGUUGCAGAUGAAAAAGGUUUGUCGUUUUACUUUCGGAUCAACAAUAUUCCAGUGUAUUGUGCUGGAAGCAACUGGAUUCCCGCUCACUCGUUCACUUGCAAAUUGACAGAGAAGGACUACAAAGAAUGGAUGCAAUUGGUGGACGAAGGAAACCAGAAUAUGGUGCGAGUUUGGGGAGGGGGAAUUUAUGAAUACGAUUGGCUUUAUGAGGAGUGUGAUAAACGUGGAAUACUUGUUUGGCAAGACUUUAUGUUUGGCUGUGCCGUUUAUCCUGGAGACAAAGAAUUUGUGCAAAAUGUCAAAGAGGAAGUUGAGUAUCAGGUCAAGCGAUUGAGACAAUUUUGCAGUAUAGUGAUUUAUGCUGGCAACAAUGAGGACUAUCAGGUAGCGGAGCUGCUUGGGAUCAGGUGGGAUUCCAACGAUCUGAAGAAAAAUUAUUCGAAAACAGAGUUUCCAGCUCGUACUUUAUAUGAGGUGGUUUUCCCCAAAUUGGUGUCUUCCUUGACGGAUGUUGCAUACCACAAAGGGUCUCCAUACAGUCCUGGACACAAUAUUCCCACCAGUGACCAGACUGUGGGAGACUUACACCAAUGGAAUGUUUGGCAUGGAAGCCAGGAAAAGUACCAAGAUUGGUAUAAACUUGGAGGACGAUUUGUUUCCGAGUUUGGCAUGUUGGCGUUUCCCAACGUCAAGACAAUUGACAAGUAUGUCACUACGGACAAGGACAAGUAUCCCCAGCUGGAGGUGAUGGACCACCAUAACAAAUCGGACGGUUUUGAGCGGAGGUUGGCUCUUUACGUUAUGGAGAAUUUUCACGUCCAAGAUAUGCGAUUGAAAAAUUGGGUUUAUAUCACUCAAUUGAUGCAACUGGAAUGCCUCGCGUAUGCUUAUAGGUGCUGGAGACGAAACUGGGGCCGGGACGGAAAAAGAGCCAGUGGUGGAGCGUUGGUGUGGCAGACCAACGAUUGCUGGCCGGUGACCAGCUGGGCAAUAAUUGACUUUUUCCGGGUUCCAAAACUAGCAUAUUACGCUGUCAAGCGGGAGAGCCAGCCAUUGGCUUUGGGAAUAUAUCGAAACGAGGUUCGAAUCGCAAACGAAGGAGAACCAGAUUUGAGCAAGCAGACUCCAUACCAUGACUAUGCUGCACGAGAAUAUUACGUUGAUAUCUGGGGAGUCAAUUCUUCGUUGUUUGAGUUCCAAGGGGUGCUCCGGGUGGAAAUCUACGACAGCGAAAGUGGAAACUUGGUCAAAAAGCUCAACGACAAGAAUGUUUUAUUGGCUGCAAAUCAGACCACAGAGAUUAUUUCGCGGCUCCAUUUACCAGAUUUCAAGCAAGUUGUACUUGCCAAACUUGUAGGACAAGACGGUAACAUUGCAUUCAAGGCUGGUGACUGGCCGCAACCUCUCAAGUACAUCAGAUGGCCCGAAGAUACAAAAAUUGACGUUUUGGUUGCGGAAGAUGGAAUCGUGAAAAUCACCGCGAACAAAUUGGUCAAAGGUGUGGAGUUGAUAACGGACUCGAAGUUGAACGAUAAUGGCUUUGAUUUGUACCCUAAUGAGACGCAUGUGGUGUUGGCACCUGGAAUUAAGGCGGGAGAAAAAAUCGAGAUCAAUUACUUGAAAUAA